UGAAAUUUAUCUUCAAACAUAAAAAUUAUAUUAAUUUGUAUUCUUUAACGAAUGAUUAUUAAUUUUUUAUAAGUAUUUUACUGCAUUUUAAAAAAAUUGAGACAUUCGAUAAUUAAUUACAUUUAUAAAUUGAAAGAAAGUCAUUUUUUAAUUAUGGUACGACAUAAAGCCCAACCAAGUGCUUUAUCUAAUCAACCCGGCACUUCCAAUUCGACAGCAAGUGAUAGUAGCGAUGAAGUACAAAUUGAAGUUGUAACAAGACCCCGAAGAAAGCGAGUUCUUACAGAAAUUAAAGCUUUAAGAAGAAGUACAAAGUUAAUUAUUCCAAAAGCUGCUUUUAUUCGUGUAAUAAAGGAUAUCAUGGAUGACAUAUUGCCUCGAACUAAGAUUCGAAGAUUUCAAGUUGAAGCAAUUGAAGCACUUCGUGAGGCUGCAGAAAUUUACAUUGUUCAAUUUUAUGAACAAGCCGUCGUUUUAGCGUAUUUUGCAAAUCGUGAAACAUUAAUGCAACGAGAUAUGGUUAUGUUACGUUUUCUUCGAGGACGCAACGACGUUAUUAAUAGAUAAUGGAAAUAAAAUUAAUUUAUAAUAAACAAUCAAUUUUUCAAUUAAUAAAUAAACGAAUAAAAUAAAAA